AUGAUUAUUACUCUUACUAUAUUAGCUUCUGUUGUAUCCAUAUAUUUAUCUGCCUGUCGAUAUUUUCGUUUUCAUCAUCUUAAAUAUAUCUUACAUAAAUACAAUAAUGUGCGUCUUGAUUAUCAAAAAGCACUUGAAAUUAGUCGAAUUCAAGUUCUCUAUGAUUUUCCUUAUACAACAGAGUUAUCUGUUUCAUUUGCUCUAUUUAAAACAUAUGGUAUUCCAAGUAUUUCACGAUUACUUGCGAAAACUAAUCAAUUAGCACAUAUAGAAACUGCUGGUCGUCGAGCUGAAGAUACUAGCAUACUUCUUGCUGAAUGUUUUUUAAAUGAUCUUGAUUCGUCUCGAGCUCAAAUGGCCAUGGCUCGUAUUAAUUACUUACAUAGUUUAUAUAAAAAUAGUAUCAGUAAUGAUGAUAUGCUUUAUACAUUAAGUUUAUUUAUACUUGAACCUAUUCAAUGGGCUAAGAAAUAUGAAUGGAGAUCUUUAGUACCAAUUGAACAAGAAGCUCGAUUUAUCUAUUGGAAAGAAAUGGGUGAAAGAAUGGGAAUUAAAAAUAUACCAUUAACAUUGAAUGAUAUAAACAAAUGGUCGAUUGAUUAUGAAGUCAAAUAUAUGAUUUAUUCGAAAGAUAAUCAAAUAUGUGGAGAAGCUACAUUAGCAUUAUUCUUAUCAUUCUAUCCUGAUUGUAUGCAAAAAUUUGCUCGUAAAGUUUUGAUAUCUUUAAUUGAUGAACGACUUCGUCUAUCAAUGGGUUUUGAAGAAGUUCCUCAUUGGAUAAAACAAGUGACAACUAGAUUAUUACGUAUUCGAGCUUUUCUUCUUCGUCAUUGUAUACUUCCACGUUUUUAUCCGACUACAAGAGGUCAAGUUACUCCUUCUUGCCCAAUGACUAAAGAUGGAAGAUAUCAACGAACAGGUUAUAUAUUUGAACCAUGGUAUAUGAAAGAAACAUGGUUCAAUACAAUGUUACCAUUUAUUAGAAAACAACCAAGUUCGAAAUAUAAGAGUCACGGAUUCAAAACAGAAGAACUUGGACCAGAAAAAUUUUCUGGUCUAGACACACAAGUAUCAUUUCGAAUUGAUUUAGCAAGUCAACAUGUAAAUAAUCGAAUAGAACAAGAAAAUAAAAAUGCAUGGGGUUCUACAUUUGACUUAAAUAAACAUAUGAUAGGUCCACAAAAUUUAAGUGGUAAAUCUGUAUUUGAUAUUUCUCCACUCAAUGGUAUUAUACUACCUGGUAGUAAAAAACAAUUAACAGUAAUAUUUAGUCCUGAUCAUGAUUCGGAUUUCUUUUCCGAUCUUGUUCAUAUUACAAUUUCUGAACAGCCUGUCAAACUUGAAUUUCGUUUACGAGGUAGUGGACGUCAAAAUACAAUGUAUAUACGACCAUUAGAUAAUGCUAAUGUUAUACAAAAAAGUCUUCUACCAAACAUUAGUGAUGCAGUCACUAUGCAAAUGCAGACAAUAGAUCCAAAUGAAAAAGGAUUGCCAAAUAAUAUUGUUGUUAUACUAUGUGCACAAAUGGUCAAUGGAAAAUAUGUACCUGCACAACGUGAAUUGAUGAUUGGUUGUGCAGGAAUAACAACUGGAUCUAAAAGAAAUGGUGAAUAUACAUUUGAUAAUUUGAAAGAUAUUAAUACGGAAGGUUUUAAUAUUGAUAAUCCAAAAAGUUCUGUUGAAAUGGGUACAGAGAGAGCAGUAAAAAUCACUUGGACACCACCAUCGAGUUUUGAUAUUAAUGAAGCUUGUCGAGCAACAAUAACUGUAACAACAAAAGGUGAUAUUUCACGUACAUGGCGUGUUAUUCUAGUUGGAUAUGUUGAUUCAACCUCAUCAGCUGAUAAACGAUCUUCACGAGUUACAAAAAAUCGUCAAACACUUGCAGCUAGUACACGUUCACAUGCUUCAACAGUUGGUACUAGUCAACGGUUGCCUAUACAACAAGAAAAUACUACUAACAAUAAUAAUACAACAUAA